CCUAGAAAGAAAAAAAAAGGGAGGCGAUAUAAGAAAAAAGAGAAGAGAUCCAAAACGAAAACAAGGCGUUAUAAAAGGGAAGAAGUUCCAAAAGAAGAAAACAGCCACUCACACCAAGCAAAGCAAAUUAGCAAAGCCACCAAAUAUGGAAAAUUGCUACUUAUAGUAACUCCAUAUUUUUAUAUAAUACCCUAAUUUUGGUCCUAAUUUUCCUUCCUUAGCCCCUUUCCCAAUUGUCUCUCAUAUAUUUGAUCAAUUUCUAAAGAAAACCCAUUUGUACUAGUUCUCCUAUAUAUACAAAAUCUUUCUCAAUCUCUCUACUUGUUUCCUCUGUUCUCAUCUCUUCUCUCUAUCUCUUCUUUACCCUGUUUUUUUUUUUAUUCUACAGAGCCCAGAUUGAUUGAUUUUGUUGUUCAGAGAGAUAUGGGGAGAGGAAGGAUUGAGAUUAAGAAGAUUGAGAAUGUCAACAGUCGUCAAGUCACUUUCUCUAAACGACGAAACGGUUUGAUGAAGAAGGCUAAAGAGCUUUCGAUUCUCUGUGACGCCGAGGUUGCUCUUAUCAUCUUCUCCAGCACCGGCAAGAUUUACGAUUUCUCCAGCGGCUGCAUGGAGCAAAUUCUUUCCAGAUAUGGAUACACUACUGCGUCUACUGAGCAUAAACAAAGAGAAAAACAACUUCUAAUUUGUGCUUCACAUGAAAAUGAAGCUGUGUUGCGAAAUGAUGAUUCUGUGAAGGGAGAACUUGAAAGAUUACAGCUUGCAAUUGAGAGACUGAAGGGUAAGGCACUUGACGGUAUGAGUUUCCCGGAUCUUAUUUCUCUUGAAAACCAGUUGAACGAGAGCUUGCAUAGUGUUAAAGAUCAAAAGACACAAAUCCUGCUCAACCAGAUUGAAAAAUCCAGGUUACAGGAGAAAAGAGCAUUGGAAGAAAACCAAAUCUUGCGCAAACAGGUAGAGCUGUUGGGGAGAGGUUCAGGACCAAAAGUGUUGAACGAAAGGCCUCAAGUUUCUAGCCCAGAAGCCGAUCCCGAGAGCUCUUCAUCAGAGGAGGAUGAGAAUGACAACGAGGAGCACCAUUCCGAGACUUCCUUGCAGUUGGGGUUGUCGUCGACGGGGUAUUGCACAAAGAGAAAGAAGCCGAAGAUCGAACUGGUCUGCGAUAACUCUGGGAGUCAAGUGGCUUCUGAUUGAUGGAAUCGAUUAUUCUUCUAAUCCUGGUGUUUAGGGUCUUCUCUGUGUAUCUUCUUGUUCCGGGCUGUUCUUUUGCUUUAUUUCAUCUCAAGUAGAGUUUUCUUAAUGUUUAGGUGAACAUUUUUCCUCAAUCGAGAAGGAUUUGAUCAAAUCAAUAACAUUAGAUUUUCUUAGUUAAAGUUGCCAACGCACCACA